ACGGACGCGGCGGCGUGGUCCCCAUGGCGCUGCAGUAGCGGUGCUGGUGCGUGGGAGCCGGGAUGAGCGAGUCCGAGGCGGACCGCUGGGCGUGGCUGCUGGUGCUGAGCUUCGUGUUCGGGUGCAACGUGCUGCGGAUCCUCCUGCCGUCGCUGUCCUCCUUUGUGUCCAGGGUGCUGCAGAAGGAUGCAGAACAGGAGUCGCAGAUGAGGGCGGAGAUCCAGGACAUGAAGCAGGAGCUGUCCACUGUCAACAUGAUGGACGAAUUUGCCAGAUAUGCCAGGCUGGAAAGAAAGAUCAACAAAAUGACGGACAAGCUCAAAACUCACGUGAAAGCACGGACAGCUCAGUUGGCCAAGAUCAAGUGGUUUAUAAGCGUCGCCUUUUACAUACUGCAGGCAGCGUUGAUGAUCUCGCUCAUCUGGAAGUAUUACUCCGUCCCUGUGGCCGUGGUGCCCAGCAAGUGGAUCACCCCGCUAGACCGCCUGGUGGCCUUUCCUACUCGAGUGGCAGGUGGAAUUGGAAUCACCUGUUGGAUUUUAGUCUGUAACAAAGUUGUGGCUAUUGUACUCCACCCUUUCAGCUGAGCGGAGGAUGUGCGGCUACAGAACUUUACCAGGAGGAUUUAGACGACCACACAGAAGCCCACAGGCUCUUGUUUUUGUGUUUUGGAAUAUGUUUUUGUCUGUCACCCGGGAGUCUUGUUCAAGUCAGGAUUUUCUACAGUUGUCUUUGAGCCGGAAAAAGACCGGUGUGACAGUUAGUGUGCUGUUGACGCGGUUCUGGGCCCGCUGGGCUGUGAAUUCAAGUGUCAUUUGCAUGCUGGGGCUCGCUCUGCAUGGUUGGUUUUGUUGCCAGCUGCAAAGACUUUCCUAACAACUCCAUAGUGCCAUUUUUUUUUUUUUUGCACCACAAACAAAAACACUUUAGUGUUCUAGAAGACAUGGAAAUGAUGUUCAUUUCAGUAGUUUCUGCAGACACGACCUAUGACCCUGGGAGGGUGAGAUCAGUCUGUGGGCACAGGUGUUGUUGCCGAGGUCCCUCCCCAGGGCACCUGCAGGUUGUGCUCUGCCCUCACACGAUGCCACUGCAUCUGGGUCCCGACACAACAUACAUCGUGCAAGGGAGAGCCAAGUCCACAGCUGUCUUCUCUCUGGCUUCACACUUGAGGUGUUGCCUUUAGUCCUGAACAUUUGGGAUCCCUUGGAAUAGACUCACAGUUGAGGGAGGGUGUCAGGGUCGUGCACCGCCCCUCGGCCGCUCUGAUUCUGUACACGCUGGCCACGCAGAGUGAUGACUUCAUGUCAGUUUGAAGAAAUUCCUCAUUUCUCACAGCAGACUGUGUGGGAGAUGACAAAUCAGAAUGUUUCUGUGUUAAUGUGCAUUCAGCCUUGUGUGAUAUUGGCAGCUGGCAAACUGUUCCGUGUGCGCUCUGCUCCGUGGACAUAUUCUAUCUGAAUGUCUUCCCAGGUGCAUCUUAUGCAAUGCUCUCAGACCGAACCCCAGAUCACCCCAGACCUUCUCUGGAUGAUACAUAGAAAUCUUUUUGAAAAUUUGUCUAGUUGUCAGAGUUCUGCAUUUUGAGUUUUUUUUGAGCAAGAUCUAGGUAAAAAUUUUCUAACUACACCUUACAAACAUCUCAAAAGAAAGUUUAUGGCAGUUGCCCAAAUAUUACAUCUAAGUCCUGUUUUUCUGAUUUUAAAUUAGUUUCUUAUAUUUCUUAUUUUUAUUACAUUGUGUAUGUCCCACAGUGUGUCUUUGGGAGUCAGAGUUCAGCUUUCAGGAGGUUGUUAUUUUAGUUAAUUUUAAAGACUUUUUCAGAUUGUUCAGUGAAUCAAUAAAUUAUUAUGAAAAAAUUUCUUAAAUUCUUAAUGACUGGAACUAUUGCUGGACCUCACAGCUAAAGUGCCUACACUUUGAGAUCCCAUAAGACUUCAGGCUGUGUUGUACUCAGCUUGUUUAACCGGCUUUGAUACAGCAGCGGAACCACAGCUUUAAUUGUGCUGAAUUUCCCGUGUAAUUGGCUCUAACGAGCCAAGAGUGCACAGUUGUAAUCCACAGUCUAUCUGUGCAUCUGGUGCUCUGUUAACACAUUUUUAAAGUGGCAAGGAAAAUAUUUAACGGCCAACUUCAAAACCACACACACAAAAGAUUAAGUUAUAACAUACAAUAAUAAUGUACCUUGUGGAAGUUUUCUGCUCCUCGCUCUUUGAUUUCAAGGUCAGUCGCUCUCCUCUUUGCUCCCUUUUCUGUAUUUCUUUUCCAGACAAACUGCAGUUUUUUCAAACUUGUUUUUUAGCUUUUCAGCUGGCUAGAAGCUCUCUUUAAUUUGAUUAGUUCUUCAUAUCCUCUUCUCAGCCCAAAAGUUUCUUCUUCCUCCUCCUCUCCCCUUCCUUGUCCCAGUGCUCAAAUCCGUUUCUCCAUUUCCAGUUUAUGCUUCCGUUCCUCCUCUGUUCAUCGUCUUUCUUCUUCCAUUUUUUGUUUUAAUAAUUCUUCAAAAUUAAUUUCCAGUUUUCCAGGCAUCAGAGAUUCUUGAGAAACUGUUUUAUGUAAUCAUCUAAUACUGUGCUUCUCCUUGCUUCCCAAAUGCCUUCCUCUCUUCCUCUGUCCUCCGGGCCUCCUCCUCGGCUUUUCUCUCCUCACCUUCUCUCCUUUGCCUUUCUUUUUCUUCAAACCUGAGCUUGAGUUUUCCAGGGCGGUACUCUGUAAAAACUUUUGCUGUAUCUUGGUUUUCAUCCUCAUCCUCCUCAUUUACCUGCUCAGCUCUUUUUGCUAAUUCACGCUGUAUUUUCCUCUUUUCCAGCAGAUCCUGUCUUUCCUCUUUGUUCUCUUUCUUUGCUUUUCCUGUCUGAGUCUUUCCAUUCCAUCAGAUUUACCUUUAACCGUCCCUGCUAACUUUGGGACAUGAGUCUUUUCUACUGUAGCAGAAAUCUCUGUCAUCAGAAGCAAGAAUUUCUUUAAUCUCUGCCUUUUGCAAAACGUCAUUCACGUUUGCUCUAUGUGGUUUGGGGCAGAAGCUUUGUAUAUUUUUGUAUUCAGUAGAUGAGGCUCUAAGCAUCAGACAGAAUGAGGUUGCAUGACCACAUUCCUCUAAAUUCGUCCUUUUGUUUCCUGUAAUUUGACUCUUAAGGAUGAACACACUUUGAGUGUGAUACCAUCACUAAAGAAAGUCAGAGCGGGAGCUCAAGCUGGCCAGGUACACACUGUCCAGUGGUGCCAUUUUUAAUUUUAGAAAAAAACCCAGAAAAACCCACACACAUUUUUUUUAAAGAAAAAAAUACCACUACAAGAAUUCUGCUUUUUAUUUCUUGAAGUUCACCUGAAAAUGACACUAGUGGAUGUUGCUUGUGCUUGUCCUCCUCUUUGACAUGUCAUUGUUGGACCAGGUUCAGCGUAAAACCGCGUGAAAAGCAUCGCCAUGUAUCUGAGCCUGCUAACUUUUCGUAGUGGUUCCCGUGUGUGUUCACGAGACCAUGUUAUGUGUUUAUUUAAAGCAUUUCAAAUGAAGUAUGUCUUUAAAGUGGAACAGUGAAGCAAGCUGGGGUCUGAUCAGUUCAUUUGAACUGAGAUUCAUUUGGCUCAUGAAGUUACAAGACAGAGUUCUGCCAAGUCUCAGUGUUUAUCUUUUGUUUUUUUGAGACAUAGUCUCUCAAUGUAGUCCUGGCUGUUCUGGAACUCUCUCCUUAGGCCAGGCUGGCCUUGAACCCACAGAGGUCCACCAGCCUCUGUCUCCCAAAUACUGGGAUUAAAGGCGUUUGCUGCUUCACCUGGCUCCAAGUCUGUUUUUGAAGCACUUUUCCUAGUAAUAGUAUUGGCCAGUGCUGAUAGCCUAGACUCUGGGGAGCCAUAGCACAGAAAAGCUACAAGCUAGCACCAUCACAUAUCUCUGCACGGCUCUGGCUGUCCUGGAACUCACUAUGUAGACCAGGCUCACCUGGAACUUACAGGGAUUCACUUGUCUCUGUCUCCUAGCUGCUGGGAUUAAAGGCACAGCACUGGGUUUUGAAGGAUCAUAUUUAUAUUAUGUUUCCUAGCGAUCUCAUAAACAGCUUGUUCUUCUGGCUGACUGUACUGUGAGUAGGGCGAGUGUCAGAUGGAGCACCGCCCGAGCAGCAGACGCUGCAGACUGUACCAGGGUGACUAGGCUGGGUGUAUAAAGGGCACAAGCGGUGUGCAGCAGUAGGCAUUGCCAACAUUGGCCUGCCCAUCCACUCCGGCAUCCCCACCGCUCAGUCAAGGAUCUGAGGAGGUUGGAACGGCACUGGAAGCUGCAGAAUCUGGGCUUGCUUCAGGAGCUCGGCACUCGGGGUGGGGGAGGGUAUGCUUGCACCUGGUCCUUUUGUAGUGAGCUGUGAUCUGGAAUGGUGCUUAUGCCAUCCAGACCUGGGCCUCUCAAGGGAUGUGUGAUGUCAGCUGACUGCAGGAAAACAGUGACAAAGGGUUAGUUUGUUCCCAGAUGUUAGUGCCCCACACGCAUAAUGUAAGACUGCUCGUGUCCUGAUGUAUAUAAUGUGUGUAAGACUGCUCGUGUCCCCGUGUGUAUAAUGUAAGACUGUUCAUGUCCCCGUGUAUAAUGUGUGUAAGGCUGACUGGGGGAUAUCACUUUGUCUCUCCCCCCAGAAUUGUAUUUGUUUAAAAAUGGGUAAUAAACAUUGAAUUAACC